GGUGUCGUGGUGGUGCUCGGCCAGCGACACUAAUGGCGGCUGCACCCGUCAGGCAGCGCCCUGGGCUGGGGGGAACCCGCGCCCAGCUCCCGCCCUGUUACUACGAAGGCUACCUGGAGAAGCGAGGACCCAAAGAAAAGGCACCCAGGCGUCUGUGGACAUGUCUGUGUGGCAAUGCGUUGUAUUUUUUCAAUAAUUCCAAGGACACUCAUUAUGUUGAGAAGCUGGACCUCAGCGGGUUUGUGUCCCUAAAGGAUGACUGCAGCCGGGACAGAAAUUUGGAAGCAGCCAGACUCAUCCUACGCAUGAAGGACGGAGAAACCAAAAUAACAGCACCCAACCUGGAAUCAAGGGAGUUGUGGAAGGGUUUUCUCUACUCUGUCAUCGAUCUGAAUGUACCAUCAAGUCUCACAUUGCUGCCUGGCCAGCUCCAAAUGCUGAAGGAGGUUGUGGACAAAGAAAGGUCCAGGCGGAGAAGUCGCACCCCCACACGAGCACCUCCUUCACCUCUCUCUGUCCCUUUAGUGGGAGAGAUCCCCCCGUGUUUUCGCCCAGUGUCACGAACUGAAGCCGAAGUCCUCUUGGAGAGACACCCAGAUUGUGGCAACAUGCUGCUGCGUCCCGGAAGAGAUGGAAGCUCAUUGGCUGUGACCACCCGCCAGGACCUCAACGGAUCUGUGUUCAGACAUUACAGAGUAACACAGAGGGACCAGGGUGGAUAUGUGAUUGAUGUUGAAAAUCCAAUUCCCUGUGCAACCCUUCAUGAUGUCAUUGAUGCGCUGGUGGAGAAGACAGCUGGAACUCUGCAACCUUUUCUGCUAGAAGAACCUUAUGAGGAGAAUAUCACAUACGUUUCUGCCAAUGACGAGAAUGGCGAAAGGAUCCUCCACACUGCCCCCACCAGCCCCCUGCCAAAGGCUCCCACACUGCCCCCAAAGCAAGUUGGUGCAGAUCGUUGGCCCAGCAGCCCCCCACCCCGCUCCCCUGCUCCGGAACGCCGCAUCCUGACCUCAUCAGUGCCUGCCUCGCCCACCAACCCCCUGAGACGACUCAUCCUAUCGCCUUCUCCUCUCGCACAGUCUCUCAACGAGGAGCUCAAAAUGAAGCUGGAGAAGAGACGAGCCAGUCAAGAGUAAUGAACUCAUUAAGGGAGCGACUCCGGUGCCAACCCCGCUUCGCAUCCCAGCUACGAAUUCAUUCUGUGCCUUGUAGGUGGAACACAAAAGGCUGCACAUGGCAGCCAGCGUCUCAUCGUUGUCGUAGGUGUUUUUGUCGGACUUGUUAAGCCCAAGACUGGUGUAGACACACUUGACACUUGACCUACACAAAGUACUGUUUACGAACUAUCCCGGAGCACAAUUUUUUUCCUCACAAUGAAAGCCUCGAGAACUCCAAAUCUGACAAGUAGGGCCUACCAACUGAGCCUGGUGCUGUUUUACAGAGCCAGCUGAUUUUUUGCUCAACUAAUGUAGCUGCUAAGGGACAUUUUCAACUAACAGCGCUGUUUAGAAAGACCAGUGCAACGACCUAAGAACUGAGGAACUUUACUGUAGUGGUGUAGCCUAUUCACAACUUGCAACUCUGCGUUACCUUCUUCCUCUCCCACUGUGUGUGUGUGUGUGUGUGCGUGUGUGUGUGCGUGCGUGUGUGUGUGCGUGCGUGCGUGUGUGUGUGUGUUCCUGUGACUCACCACCAAUUCAACACGUCUGAAAAUCCCAGGUGACUCCUGCUGUGGAAAGCUGUUGGAGCAUUUAUCGAUAAAUUAAUUAAUUUGAUAUCCAAUUUAUGUUCCUUGUGAUAGUAAGCACAUUGGCCUCACAAGACAAUUCCCCGCACUACUUGGGUGCACCAAUAAAAUUCGGCGCUACUCGUGCCACUCUUGCCCUCUAGUAUACAAUUAAAGCUUACUAGUAAACUACUGUGCUGAACUAGUAACAUCCGUUUGAGCAUUUAUUCGAUAUCCAUGAUACCCAGCUUGAGGUCUAUGUGUUAGUAUGGUAACAUCUAGCACUUCACUAGUAGUGUUUAGAUGUCAACUAGUGCAGUUUUGCCUCACUAAUAAUAUGUAGUUGUUCAACUAGUAUGCCGAAGUUGACCUACUAGUGUGCAGAAAUGUCAUACAGGCAAUAAUAGUGGGGGGUGGGGGACAACUAGUAAGACACAGUUGUUCUACUAGUGCGCUGAAUUGUCUUACCAGUGAGGGAAAAGAGCAUAUUAGUGCAUGGACCUUAAACUGGAUCUGAAGGAUAUUAAAGAAAUGAUCAAACAGCUUUCCAUAGCCUUCAGUAUUGUACAAUCCUUUACUUUGUCCCAAGAACGUCAUUAACAUGCAAGAACGCCCCCUAGUGGAAAUGUUGGACUCCAACUACUGUGCUCUAAAUGAACAUGCUGUUGAACAAAGGACACAUUUAUUAGAACUGGGCGUAACCUUUUGAUUCUAUUGCAGAAUUGCAAGUCAUAACAGGUCUGCAUGGCCUUUAAUGAAUCACUCAAAAGAAUUGGGCUGUCCUAUGCCUCUGCGAUCAACUGACUGAAAGUGUUUUCUGUUUUGUUAGAUGUCAAGGGCAUGAUUCGAUUUUGCACGGGUGCAAUUUGUCCCCGUAAGCUUUUUUCUACAAGUUGUUCAAAUGUUUAUAUUGAAACUUACUGACCUACAACAGCAGAAGAGUGAGGAAAAUAUUUGAAUGCUAAUUCCAAAAGAUCAUAUGCAGCUGUUUUAUCGUAAUCCUUUAUAUUGAUUUGUUUUUUCAUCCGGUUGAAAAUUUUUAA